AUGCCUUCCGACCUCUCAUCAUAUCUUGCAAAGAACUACUUAGUAGCAGAUCCGAAACCCACCAAGAAGCGCAAGCGCAAACAACCCACCGAGACCCAAGGCCUCAUCAUCGCAGACGACGACGACAACGGAUGGGGCAACUCCACCGCACAAGACGACGACGCAGAAUCAGGACCGGCCCUCGUAUCAGGGACCUCAGCAGAGUUUAGAAAGACGAAGAAAUCAAAUUGGAAGACGGUCGCCGCAUCCUCGAAAUCACAAGGCGGCGCCGGCGCGGGCAACAAUGAAGACGACGACAGCGCCGCAGCAGCAAACGCGAUCCUCGCCUCAGCAGCAGCAGAAAAUGCAGCAGCACGAAACGCAGACGACGAGAUGCCCGUCAUAGAAGGAGGAGGCGACGACGACGACGACGCCGCCGCCAACGUCGUCAAAAUGAGCGACGGCACACACGCAGGCCUGCAAUCCGCCGCCGCCGUCUCAGCACAGCUCCGCCGCCGCCAGCAAGCCGAAGAAGCCGAGUUCGCGAAACUCCGAAAACACGGCAAGGAAGAGGAGACGGUCUACCGCGACGCCACGGGCCGGCGCGUCGACGUCUCCAUGAAGCGCGCGGAGGCGCGCAAGCUCGCGCUCGAGGCCGAGGAGAAAGAACGGCAGGCAAGGUUGGCGCCCAAGGGCGACGUGCAGCUCGAGAACGCGCGGAAGCGCAGGGAGGCGCUCGAGGACGCCAAGCUCAUGACGUUUGCGCGGACGGCGGACGACGAGGAGAUGAAUAACGAGCUCAAGGAGCAGGAGCGGUGGAAUGAUCCCAUGGCGCAGUUCUUAAGCGACAAGACGGGCGGCGGUGGUGGUGCAGGGGCAAAGGGUAAAAAGGGGAAGAGGCGGCCGGUGUAUGCUGGCGCUGCGCCGCAGAACCGGUAUGGCAUCAAGCCGGGGUAUAGGUGGGACGGCGUCGACAGGAGUAACGGGUUUGAAGGGGAGCGGUUCAGGGCGAUUAAUCGCAGGGAGCGGAAUAAGGGGCUCGACUACGCCUGGCAGAUGGACGAAUGA